CCCACCCAACACACACACACACCAACAAAAAUAAAAUGGAUUUCCGCCUAUGUAUAAUUUUCUUUUUCUCACUAGCCAUGUUAGUUAAUCCAAUAUCAUCAUCAUAUAAUGAUUUCAAGAAUCUGUACAAGAACUUCGAUCAGCUAUCGAUCAUGCAUGGCGGCCAUGCAACUGCAGCUUCAACGAGGAAAUGCAAUGGCCUUAUUGGAAAUUGUAUAAAGGAGGAAGAAGAAAUGAUGAUGGAAUCUGAUAUUAGUCGUCGAGUUUUACGAGGACAAAAAGGCCAUAUUAGCUAUGCAGCAUUGUCCAGAAACAAUAUUCCUUGUAAUGUACGAGGUGCGUCUUAUUACAAUUGUCAUUCCCAACAGAGAGUUAAUCCUUAUCGCCGUGGUUGCAGUCAAAUUACACGCUGCGCUAGGAACAACUCUUGAAUCUCUCGAGAGCUUUGUAUUUUUGAUUUUGUGUUUUUAUUUCCUUUUGUUGCGCCCAGGAUUCGUAGAUCUGAGGCGUAGUCAUAGUGGUUAUUCCGAAGUGUGUGCUUUUGUUAAUUAAUGUUUUUUUUUUCAUGAGAUGUAAAUUUCGUUAAGACGAGAGAUUUGAAAUUUACACUUUUUGUGUACACUCAAACAUGUCUAUAACAGCCUGAUUUGUUCCGAAUAUUUUUAGACGUUA